UCUACACGGCUUAAGACAACAGCUGAGGUGACUCUUAAGCAACAAUAUCAAAAUUUCACAACAAAAACAUCCCACGAAAAUAUGGCCUGUGUGUUCUGCUGCUGACAUGACCUCAACGGGUAUCUACAGCUACCUCUGCAAGCUGUAGCAUGAUCCUUGGAGUAUGCCGAUCCAGGCCCCUCAGUGGACCGAGUUCCUGUCAUGUCCCAUAUGUUGCCAUGAGUUUGAUGGUGGACAGCGUGGACCUGUCAGCCUCGGAUGUGGACACACCGUUUGCCGAGCUUGCCUUGCCAAGCUCCAGCGGAAUCAGUGUCCUUAUGACCAGACUGUGAUGAGGUUAGAACUUGACCAACUUCCAGUCAAUGGUGCUUUACUGUCACUGGUGGGGGCUGGGACGACUGUGGAGGAAGGUGACUCAGCCCCACCUCCACCUGUACCCCCAAGUCAUGCCCGAAAUUAUUUUAUGGCUGUCAAGUGCAUUAAAGAUCUGGCACUGUUUCUCAAACCAUUUUCAGGUUCAGGAUCAAAUGGAUCGACGUCGCUUCUGUCUAGACCUAUGCAGCGAAAGCUUGUUACCCUUAUUAAUUGUCAGCUUGUUGAAGACGAAGGCCGAGCUAGAGCUGUUAGGGCCGCUCGAUCACUCGGUGAACGGACAGUUACAGAACUCAUUUUGCAGCAUCAGAAUCAUCAACAAUUAUCAGCCAACUUGUGGGCAGCUGUGCGUGCUCGAGGCUGCCAGUUUUUGGGACCAGCAAUGCAAGAAGAGGUGUUGAAAUUAGUGUUAUUAGCUCUAGAAGAUGGGUCAGCUCUUUCUCGAAAAGUUUUGGUUAUGUUUGUGGUGCAGAGACUUGAACCUCACUUUCCGCAAGCAUCUAAAACCAGCAUAGGACAUGUCGUGCAGCUUCUUUAUCGAGCAUCAUGUUUCAAGGUUUCCAAAAGGGAAGGAGACUCAUCCCUAAUGCAGUUGAAAGAAGAGUUUCGAACAUAUGAGGCUCUGAGGCGGGAACAUGAUGCUCAGAUUGUACAAAUUGCUACCGAAGCUGGUUUAAGGAUAGCCCCUGAUCAGUGGUCAUCUCUUUUAUAUGGUGAUACUGCACAUAAAUCACAUAUGCAAUCCAUCAUUGAUAAACUUCAGACCCCUCAGUCAUUUGGACAGUCAGUUCAGGAACUAGUGAUUGCUCUUCAAAGAACAGGUGAUCCAGGACAGCUUUCAUCUCAAAGACCCCAUUUAGAAUUACUUGCAGCAUUGGAUCCAUCUCCUGAUGCUCCCCCACCAGCUUGGGAACCCUGUGCAGCUGCAAUGGAAGCUGUGAGGGCUGUUGUCACAGGACUUGUAAAUUUUAUUCAACACCAUGGUAAUCGUAAGAUGCCAGAUGCUCAUCAUCCACAUAAUGCAAAAUACAAAACUAGUAUGUGUAGAGAUUUAACUCAGAGAGGAGGAUGCCCUCGGGGAAACAACUGUACUUUUGCACACUCAGAAGAAGAAUUGGAGAAACAUAGGAACAGAAGCCGUAAGCAUGGGAAGAGCAUUCCUCAACCAUCUGCAACUCCUGCCAUCAAAGCUCCUCAACCAUCUGUUCAGCAGCCAAACCAUCAGCAGAUUCAGCAUGCCGCACCAUCACAGCAGGGCUCUUAUCCACAGGGGGCUGUUGAAACUUCCAUACCAGCUAAAAAUGGUGAUUGCUCUCCAGCUAAUGCUGUGGCCCAGCAAAAAACUGUUGUUGUGGAGGAUCUAAUUCAGGCAGGUGCUAUUCCGGCAUCAAAUACACCUUUUGAUCCCCACAAAUUUAUGCACAUUCCAGCUCGAACACAGCCAAUGGCAGUACUUUCUGCUGGAACCCCUACCCCAGCUAUUGUGCAGCAAGCUCUCCCAACUCCAAUUUUUAAUCAUUCAAUAGCUGAUUAUAAUUAUGGCUCAUUUCCUGGACAGCCCCCUGUAUUUGCUCAAACAGCUCCUGUUCCUUCUCCACUACAAGCAGCAGCUGCAGCAGCAGCUGUUGUUGCAUCUGCCACUGCUACAGUUUUUCCUAAUCAAGCCACAGCAAUUGUGCCGGACAUGUAUGGUGCUAAUCCAACCAUGCUUCUUAAUACAGCACCAGUUUACAAUGUUCAUGGGCAUGCUGGUGAGUUUUGCAUCCCUGUGCCUAAUGCUAAGCAGCCCAGUGCUGGUCCUCGUCCUGUAGUAUCAUCAUGGCCCGAUGCAAAUCCUACGCCUUCAAGCUCAACAACUACCACAGCAACUAUGACAAUGGCAGCGUCCUUAGCAUCCAAAUCCAUAGAAGAGUUGAACCAACGAAAGGAAGCCAUUUUAAAUCAGCUUGAGACAAUUGUUGGGAAAGAGGAGACUCAUAAUGUAGAAACUCAAAUUGCAAAUGGGGAAGAACCAAGUAAGACACCAGAAUUCACAUCCACAUAUAGUAUAUGGACUUCAGGGGCAAAUUUUUAUAUUGCUCCAAAGUCUGCUGUGAAAGGUCAUGACCCAGCCACUGGUUAUCGUACUAAUGUUACAGUGAAAGAAGAAGGUCAGGGGAAAGAUGAUUUCAUACCUUUUGACCCACCUCUUGUCAGUCGUUUUGGUCCCAUAUCAAGAAUGUCUCGUGCAGUUAUACGUCCUGCUAGUGCCAUUCAGUCAUCAGCAAGCAAUACAACUGAACCCAUUACAACCCCAAUUGUAAGAAGACCAGUGCCAGCUAUUUCACCAAUGCCACAAGUUAUUUAUCAGCCUGGAGGAUAUACACUGGGAUUUAUGACCUAUACACCAACGUCUUUCGAACAUUUGAACACUGUUGGUCAUGGAAUAGUCGACCCUCCUCAUUUACGGAUGUCUCAGUUAGAACCCUCAGGGAUACGGCCUAGUGAUCCCCUCGCACAUUCCUAUGAUGAGGCUUGUCAUGCAUCUCAAGAAGAAAUAAUGAGGCAACAGUUUAAUAUGAUUCGUGAGGGUGUAGACACAAUUGUACUGGGGGAUGAAGUGGCUGAGUAUGAAAUGCGUUUGAAGAAGGAACUUUCUCUUGUGAUGAACGACAUUGAAGUUAAGCGCAAGGAAAUAGAAGCUGAGCAGUCAAUACAGGAUGAAGGAGAGAAAGAAAUUGGCGAGCAUGAAAAAAACUGGGAGUUUGUUUUUGAAGAAAGUGAUAAAGAAUAAUCUGUGCAUUUUAAAUCCAGUGCGUUCUGUAGGAGCAGUUGUACGCUUCAGUGAACAAGGACAUACCAUAGAAGUAAUAUUGCCAGUGGUUGCAGGCUUGGUACAAAUUUCUAAAGGCACACCUAACUAAGGCAGAGGUUGUGGCACUCUUGUGUACGUUGGAGAGAGUUAACUCUUGUCAGUUUAAUCACCCAGUAUAGAGUCGCUGUGUACAUUCUAUUUUAAUACCAGAUUAUUGAAGUAGCUUUAUGAGGAAUCAUAUUUUCUGUAAAGAUAAAGUAGCUUGAAAAUACAGUUUGUAUAAAUUUUGGAAUUUUCUGAAAUGUGUUAUUUGGCUUUUGCCAUUUGUAUCUGCAUUGUUUGCAACAGAGAAAUUGUGCACUGGGAAAUGCAGUAUUUUUUACGUAUCUUAUAGACUGAGAUGUAUAUAAAUGGAUAGAUAGUUGCAUACACACUCCUAUUAAUAUAGGAAGAUGAAUAUUAGAUGAAUAGGAUGAGAGGUAGGAUAGAGACAUGCAUCAGGUACAUACAAAAUACAUGUAUAAUAUACAGACAUACAAAAUAUAUACAACACACACACACAAAUAUAGGUAGGUAUGUAGAUUAAACCAGUAGAUGCAGAUAGUUCUGUCUUUUGUAUUUAUGCUUUCAUUGUGUGGUCCCUGCUUGAAGCAUAUUUGAUAUAGAUCUUCAUAUUACUGAUUUUAGCAAUUUCUCUAUUAUUGACCGUGAUGAAUGGCUGGAAAAUGUCCAAAGGGACCAAAGGAGCGAAAAAAAAGGCUUGUUCAUGAUGAAUGCCAUAGUGUGAGUGGGGAAGUGAGAGUAUGUUUAUAAGUACAUGUAUGUACAGCGCAUAAUACUGCAUAUCAAUUUAUAUUUACAUGGUUACAGAGGGUCUUUGAAUAAUAUGUGUAAUUGUCUAAUUAUAUAAGUGAGUGUGAAAAGGCAACAUUAUAAAUUUUGGAUGCCAGUGGUGAAGUUUGAACCCAGUGUUCUUGAUUUACAUUGCCAAUGUUGGCUUCAGUACAGUGGAGUGCAGAGUUGAUAAACUUCACUCUAUCCCAAGGCAUAUAUUUUCAUUUACCAAUUUCUGGUAAAGUAAGCAGAUAUGUUUUAAUUGUAACACACUUUGAGUUAAUUUUUUAAGAACAUUACAUUUGUAAGUGUCCCAUGUCAAGAUGCAAGCCUAGUCCUGGGUUUCUUUGACCAGCACUUUAUUUAUUUAUUGAAAUAGUAAAGGCAUAUGAAUAUACUUCUUUGAUCUAGAAUGUUGCAGCUAUGUAACUUGUACAUAUUACUGAUACAGCAUUGUGUUUAUUUGCUUUUCUUGAUCACUACUACAUUUUAUUUUUGGGUGACGAAGAAAGUUUGCCAUCUCUUACAACUGUAAUAGCUCACUGCCAAUACGUCAGACAGCUAACCUAAAGGUUGUGUUCAAAUCCUACCCUGUAAAAAAUGAGUGAAACACUUCAUUCACGUUUUAUUUAGAUAUGGAAUUUUUAUUCAGUGCAUUUAAUCUCUUCUUAAGUCCAGAAUAUACUUCUUGUUCCUGUCCUUUCAAAUCCGUGAAAAAUUUAACCUUGCUCUUCUUUAUAUAGUAUGUUUCUUUUGUUUAUCCUUUCAUUUUCUUUACCUGUCUUGCAGCCUGUCUGCAUGUUUACCAAAUCUACAUACACUGCUGCAUUUUAUUACAGUAAAGAAGUACAGAGGCCAAUGGGAUAUAAUGAAGUUGACCACAUCUUGUCAUGUAGCUUCAGUACCACUAGCAGUCCUGAGUGCUUACUCUUAAGGUCAUGGGAUUAAAUUGAAUUGACAGGUUCAAAACUGAAUACGAGACUUGUACUGAUCUUGCUGGUUUACACAGGUAUAUAUUCAUUAGGAAAAGAGGUGACAUGUAAACAAGGGGAAAAAAGAAAGGUGCAAGAAAUUCAGUUUAUAAUAAGAUUAAAUUAUACAUCAGCACUAACUGUUAAAAGUGAAGUAGUCACGGAAGUAAUCAGUCCAAGCAGACUUAAGACUGAUAACAAGUAGUGGGUUAAGCUUUUCUAGAAUUCUUAACCUUCCCCACCACUUGCAUUCACACACACCUUGUCAGCUUUUUACAUUCAGAGCAAGUGAGGAGUAUCAUAUAUUGAUUAAUGCAGAUAUACAUUUGUAUAUUACCAUGUAGUUUACAUUGUAUGUGUAUUCAUGCUGUACUUACUGUAAAUGUGUGUUUUUUUGUGUGAUUGUUGAGAUUUCCAUAAUUAGUAUCAUUCUUGAUGUUUACAGUGUGAGCUUCUCCAUUUCUGACAUAAUUAUGGUUAUUUACAGUGCCUGUUUUAGUUAGAGGAUUUUGUAUGUUUUAUAACAAAAUUUUUUUUUUAUUUUGUAAUCUUUAUGAGUAACAGGUAUCCUAAACAAUUUCUAUUAAUAGCUCCAUCAUAUUAAUUUUGCCAGUGAAUAUUUUUACAACACAAGGACAGAAGUGUAAAAAAUGUCAAGUUUGAACUUUUUGUGUCUUCUUUGGUUAAUGUUUACAGCUAAACUUUUAGCACUUUGGGAGCCACUUGUAUCGAACAUCCAGUUUUAUGGAAUAUCGGUGUAAUAAUCUUACUCCAAGACUUAGGAUACAACGUUUAUUGUAUCUGAUAAAGCUGAAUUUGAAAUUCACAUAUUUGUUCAUUUGUUCUGUCAGCUUUAAAUUUUAAUGUAGAUGCCUGUUACUCCCAACACUGGCAACUUUUAUCUUGGGUUGAAAGCUUCCUUGGUCGAGGAUUGUAUGAUUUUGCAAAUUUCUAAGUGAAAGACCUGUUUUAGCAGUGGUUAGGACGAGUCAUUUAUCAUUGGAUUUUCCAGGAAGUUAAAAGUUUUGGUCAAGUAUUUGUACAGUAUAUGUUUGCUUUGUUAAUGUAUUGUGUGUAUAGAUGUAUGCAUAUAUACCUGAGUCCAUAUGAACAUUCAAUACUUACAUAAGAGGAUUCAGUACUUACAUAAGAGGAAAAAUAAAUGCAGAAGGAAAACUGAAAAUAGGAACAUGUCCAUUUUAUAGGUUUCCAGACAGUGUUAACAUUUGAUAGCCUUAAAAUCAGUCGGCAGAAGCUAAACUGGGAGCAGAAUUCAGAGAAGGAAAGGUAACAAUAGAAUUGAUUAAAGGUAAAUUGACCUUAACGUUUAGUAGGCUUUGAAGUAGGUUCCAGGCAGUAGUUCGAAAAUAUGCUCAAUUGCUGAUUAACUUUACACUGCAUAUGCAAACUACAGUAUUUGAAAUAUGAAAGGUGAAAGCAAACAUGUAAAUGGUAUCUGUAAUCAUAAGGGUGAAUAUUUUACAAAAUGCAAAUCAAUCUUGCAAGUGCUUAAUAAAAGUAUUGUAUCACUGAAUUAUUAGAAGACCAAUUUUAAUAUUAUACAGUACUGCAUUUGCAGUAUCCCUUCAGUUUUAUGUUUUAAGAUAAUGAGCUAAGAUAAUGACUGGAGUAAAAAAAUAUGUAACAAUUUAAAUAGAAUCUGAUAAUCAUCCACUAAACGUGUUUAUGUGAAUAUGUUGCAGAAGCAAGCUAGUCAUCUUUGCUCAUGAGUUUUUUGUUUCCCAGUAUAUUCAUGUAUGAUUGUAUGGGUGUAUAUACUACUUAUACACACAAUGACAGCAAACAUUGCAGAAAUCCCGAGGUGUUAGUGGGGAUUAAUGCAUAUUGUAUCAAGUAUUUUGCUGGAGUCUGUGUGAGGAUAUGGUAUAGUUCAAAGGGUAAAGCAUUGUCUGUAAGAUACUUUUUUUUUUUUUUUUUUUUUUUUUUGACCAAUGUUGAAAGAGUUGAAGACCAGAUAUUGAGCUCUGUAAGUUAUCAUUAAAAACCAAAAAAUCAAGGUAGCUUCUGGGAGGUUGUCAUGCAUGGUAAUUGGCAAAUAUUUUUUUUUAUAAAAGUCAUUUGGAUGGAUAGUUAUUUGAUUAUGAUGUUCUGGAGCUCUUGGGGUCUUAUGAUAUUCAAGGGAUUUCCAGCCAGACAGCUAAUGAAGUCCUUCAUUUAGAGGUUUCUUGAAGUCCUGUUUAGAUGUUUAAUGAUGUCAGUUAAAUGUUUAGUGGCAUCCUUUGGUUGUAUAUUCAGUAAGUCCUGUUUGGUGUUUAGUGAAGAAUCCCUUCACUAGAUAUGUGACAAAAGCUCUUGGUUAAUGGAGCCUCUUUCAGAUAUUCAGUGAAGUCUUCAUUAGGCAUUUAGUGGAAUCCUUUGUUUGGAUGUGAUGUUUAAUUUAGUCAUUCAUUGACCUAUUUUAUUAGAUCUGUUCGUUAGAUGUUUAAAAGUUUAUGAGAUGGUCUUGUAAAUUCUUGUUAGAUGUUCAGUGAACUUCAGUUUCAUGCCUGUUGGCUUUCCUCAGAAACUUUGGGUCUUUUUUAUUACUUUUGUGAGUGCUCACACUCAGGAGAAUCAGUUGAAUACUUUUGACAGCAUAAAUUUUAGCACAUUUUUUAUGAUUAAUUGAGCUGUAAAUUUUGACCAAGUUUAAUGUGCAGUUAAGCAAUGGAUAGCUAAUAAAUGAUGCCUGAAGUAUUUGUUGCAAACAACUUUGUCAGAUUUGCUAGUUUGCAUUUCAUGGAAGUGGCAGUGUCAGUGAAUGAACCUUAGGGGCAUGUACGUACACUAUAGUAUUAUGAAAGAAAAGUCAUUUGGAUGAAGCCUUUCUCUAUGAGCAAGGAUUUGAACUGUGAAGUUAAGUGUGGAUGAAUGCACUGUUCUCUGAGAUUAUCCUCUUUAUCUUGUGUGAGAGGUAGAUGUUCAAUGAAUAUUUAUACCUCUGAACAGUAGAAAGGAUUUGGAAUGUUAAAAGUAAAAAGAAUUCAGAAAAUAAGCACUUGUAACAAGAGCUCUAGUUUUCCAGCAGAAGAAAUUACUUUUGCCAUUUUUUUUAUCAUCUUGUGAAUUACCAAAGUUGGCUUAAUAAAUAAUGUUUUCCAUCAACCAGCUACUAAAAGUUCUCUGGUUGUAAGAAAGUCAGUAUAAUAAACCUUUCUUAUGGGAAAGAUGUCUGUUGUAUUGUUGUACAAUGAGUAGAGAUAAGCAAGGCAGUGAAAGACAAAAAUCUUAGUUGUUAUUUUGUAUUUUCAUAAAAAAAUCUUGAAUUUUUUAUUUUUUUUUUAUUUCAUAAGCACUUAGUUUUAUAAGACACAAACUUUGUCUUUUUCAGCUGCAGUUUGUCUUACUCCUCUUUAUACCACUUUUUAAUAUUUACCAUGAUGAAUUCUCUUUGUGUGUUUCAUAUUGGAAUAUUGUGUAUUAUAUUGUACAGAAAAAGAAUGCUACUCUACAGCACUACUAGCUUUCAUAUCCCUAAUGAUAUAUAGUAGAGGUUUGAUGUCCAGUUUCUUGUAUGGAUAUCAGGAAUUUGUUAAGAGAAGUGAGUGCCAUUUAAAAGUCGAAAUUACUUUUGCAUGGUUGGCCUCAGUAUUUGAAUUUUAGUUAAUAAUUCUCUCUCUCUCUCUCUCUCUCUCUCUCUCUCUCUCUCUCUCUCUCUCUCUCUCUCUCUCUCUCUCAUACAAAAUAUAAAUAUAUACACAGUAAAGCAAACACAAUGUAUAUGUUACAUCUGAAAGAAGGAUUGAGAUUGAAUAUUCCAGUCUUAAAUCUUUGACAUAAACAGUACAGUACCUAGUUGGCAACAGAGUUUUAGCAUUGGUUUUGAUAUGCAGUGCGAUGGUAUUUACCUUGCAUUUGCAUAAUAACUACAUUCUCUGCUUUGUAACAUUUAUGUAUAUAAAUUUAUGCACCUGUGUAUGUAUGAUAUGCAGGGUCAUUUAUAUAAGUACAUACCAUUUACUUUAUAUACACUUAUGUACAACUUCUGGUAUUUGGUGGGUAAUGGGUAUUUGGGAUGCCUUGAUGAAAUUGGUUCAGACUCUUUGUCUGGUUUCAGUGGCUCAAAUUUUGUUACAAUAAUUUUCGUUUUUAGUUCAGGUACAUAUCUUAUAUCUUCUAUGAAAAUUUUUAUAUCCUCCUUAAUAGGGGGUAAGUAAUUAUUUAGAACCUUAUGUGAAUGGUGACCCUUCAACCAUCUACUGAACAAGGAAACCCAAGGAUACCAGAAGAUAGUUGCAUUUACAGAUACAUUUUCAUAACCAAGUCUGUUGUGUAUAUAAUUAUAUUUUUAUCCACUUAAUUGACACUUGAUAUUGUAUAAAAGCCUCCUGUAAUGUUUUUAUAUUAAUUUUAUUGUAAAGAUUAUGGACUUGUAAUCCCAGGGAACUAUGUUGCCUGAUGGUGGUCCGUUUUGAAUGAAUGAAUGACUGGCAAGGUGCACAGGAAUCUCUUCUAGUGAUUUACGGAUGCAGCACAUUUAACCACGCAAAAAUGCAAGAGGAUUCAAUUGCUUGCAAUAUUAACCUUUGUCAUUACCAUUAAUUUUUUUAGUACUUACUAGCAUGAUUAACAGAAACUUGUUGUCAGUAUGUAUUAUUGUGUAAUUUGGUUAAGUUUGUAUACUCAAGUGAUUAUGAAAUAGUGAACAUGAUCUUCAGUGUACCAUAAUAAAAGGAGUAGUUCCAGGCAGCCUCAGCAUUUGCUUUAGUACUCAAUGGCAGUGUUGAGAGCUUUCAACACACUUAUCUUGUGGCCUUGUCAUUUUCAUUGUACCAUAUAUUUGGCCUAUAUUAGGAAAUGCGAAAUUUGAAUGAUGCUAACUUUGUUAGUUAAGUGAAACAUUAGUUAGCAAGGUAGUUGAGUUAUUGAUAAUACAUUAUUAUUAGUACAAGUAAUGUUUCAUACUUCCAAUGUGGAGUUAGUUUUUACUAUAUGUCUAUUUUAACAUCCUUUAUAUAGGUAUCAAAGAUUUCUUGAAUGUUUCUUUGUAUCCACAAAUUCUGGGGGGGAGGGGCUUAUAUUUGCAAUUUGUAUGUAGUACUGGAUAACAUUCUUUUGUGGUAGAAUUUGCUUUGUUUUGUGACCAUCACAAAGGCAGUGGAAUGCUGUAAACUACGAUUAAUGAACGUGUAAAUGAUUUACUUCAAUUUUGAAGAAGUGGUGAUAUAAAGUACUUUGGAAAAGUGUCAUGUACAGUGUAUGUACAUUGUAGUUUUUCUUUGUAAGAGAUAUAUUGUAUUAACUUGUGUAGAUGGGCAUAUUGGUUGGGAUUAAGCUGUAGUUCUGGGAGUCUUUAAGGUUUGCAGAAAUAUAGUUGAAGCAAAUUUGCGUCUUCUGCCAUAUGUCCCUAAGUACGUUUGCUGCUAUCAUUAUUUUUAUUAUGAGAGUACUUUAAAUGUGUUAUCUAUUCUCUACAACAAAGACACCAGCAGUGCAGUACUUGUGAACUGAAACCCAGUGUUAGCACCACUGUAUUAGGCAAAGCUUUACCACAGAUAGAGAAUAGCCCAUUCUUUGCUUGAUGUAUAUUCUGUCACAAUAAUUUUUUGAUGUUGACAUUGGAACAUCUUUGUGGUGUCCUUUAUUAAGGUAUUGUGUAGACAUUAUUGAACAUCUUUGUGGUGUCUUGUAUUGAGGCAUUUGUACACCUUUCCAAGUGCACUUUUUGCUCUAGAGGAACUACUACUGUUACUGGUCAAGUCAAUUCAUAUGUUGUGUCAAGUCCAACAACCAUUCAAAAUAGAUGCUAUAAUUCAAGGUAUUUUUUAUUUGCAUACAUACUUCAUAUUGGUAUGUACAGUAUUUGGUCGCAAUCAUGAUCACAAGUUACAAAGUGUACAGUUGUUUCUUUUAUUAUUAUAAGGAACUGAAUUAUCUUUGGCCAUGCAUUUAAUAAUGUAGUAAUCCUGGAACAAAUGUGCAGAGAGGUCACUUUGCCUUUUUUUUAGUUAUUAAGGUAACAAUGUAUUGAGGUGAGCCAUUAUGAGCUGUUGUUUUAAAAGCUUUUCGUGUCAUUUUUUUUUUAUUUUAUCUUGCAGCAUACAGUGACGAUAAUACUUUUUACUCUCCUUUGCCUUGUAAAUUUGGUGUUAGACUGUAAAAUCACUUGGGGUCAGGUAUGUACAGGGCUGGUUGUCCUUUACACAGGUUUUGCUGUAAUAUACAGGAAUUUGGAAGUCAUCCCUGAAUUGGGAUGUUCAUUAUCUACCCUAAGGGAUAGCUGGAGUAAUUAGGUCAACCUUCAGGCCAGCCCUAUGGGAGUUAAGAUCUUAACACAGUGGUCUGGUAAAACUAGUUAUUAAUAAAAUAAUAGUUUUGAUUAGAAUGCUUUUAUAUUUUUUAGAUAACUGCUGGAGAGUAUUUUGAGAUAUUCUUGAAUUUCUCAUGCAGUCUAGUUCCAGAUAUGUUGUGUAAUCAGUCUUUGAAAGUUCGUCAUUCAAGAUUGAAAGUCCAUCAUUCAAGAUAGGAAAAACUUUGUUUAUAUAAUAACAAUCUUGUCAUCAUGUCUCCGUUUCAGGGUAGUGCAUGAUAGAAGAUGGUUAUCAUGUAAAAACUGUGCAAGCACACUAUUAAUUUACUAAAAUUGUUUUUCAGUUCAUAACACAAGUUAUGACUCUCUCUGUUCAUGGUUAAGAGCUUGUUGAAUAUAUAUUACUAAGGGUAGUAUGCAGAUGAUAUGUGAAUCAUAAUCUCUUUUUCAAGUUUAGUACAUUUCAUGUCGUUGCUGUAUGUGGACAAGAUUUGAUUUUUUUCUAAAACUGAUCUUCAUGGAAAGAGUAAUUUAUAGGAAACUAGUGAAGCUUAUAAUGCAUUACCUUUUAUUGUUCUUGGGAAAGCCAGAGAUGCAACCAGGAUGACCAAUCCAGAAGUGGAUUUUUGCUUUUUUUUUUCCAUGUGGUUUUUUGAGUAAAAAAUAAUAAUAGGGCAUAUGUAUCUCAUGUGCUGUCUUAUAGCUAAGCUACAUUACCAUCCUAACUUACAUUCAAGGUUAUCUGGAGGCAAUCCUCAUGAAAAAAAAAAAAAAAACAGGUAAAAUUUCAUGAAUUAACCAGCAGGGGAGAGCAAACCACAAAACAUUUUUAGGGAAAGCUUUUUUUUUUUUUUUUACAGUCUCAUCACUUGGAGAUUUUGACAGAUUUUACCUUGAACAAUUUUGUUUUUCUAAAUUGUCUGGCAGUGCCAAUUGAGAGUUUUGGAUGCACCUAAACUCAUCAGUCAUUUCCUGGUUGUAAUUCUGGUCUUUGUGGUUAGGGUCUCACAGUGAGAAGUUUGGUGAAGCUGUUCUCGCCACCUUUCAUAUCAGUCAUAAUUACUUUGGUUCUGUGGAUCAUUAGGCACUUGUAUAAUGCCGUCUUGAAAUACAUAUAAUGAUAUGUAUAGUUGCUUUACGUUUGAGCAAAUUAUGGGAACCACCCCUCUGUUUUAAGAGGCCCCGCUAGUUUUUCGUGAAGUUACAAACAUUCUUUUGGAUUUGCUCCUUCAAUUUGAGUCUUUAUUUACUAAGGGGUAAGUUUUUCAGGGUCACAUGAGCAUUUAACAAAAAAAUAUUUAGAUGCUUUUCAUUGUGUUUAUAUACUUUCCGACUACAAAAAUGUGAAAGUACAGUACUUUAUCACUAUACUUUAAUAUAAAUGAUAAAGAAUCAUAUCACAUUGUUUAAAGUUAUACAAAGCGUGUUUUAUUGUUUGAUAAACUUUGUGUCAUUCACAUAUAGUUUUUAAAAAUUUUAAUUUGAAGAUGCAGCCAACUGUCUGCAAUGUUUGUAAUUAAAGACUUUUUCAUAUCUAUAGUAUAAAUUUUUUUACAGUAUUAUCCAAAUAACCGUGAAAGUUUGGGACAAUGUCCUCCAUGAGGACAGAUGAGACCUCCGUAAGGCAGCUUAAUGAGAGUUUACAACUUGUUGUGAUCUCAGCUGCUGCCAGCUAGGUACAGAAAUUUCAGGGAACUAUUAUUUUUUCCAGUAUUUUAUUCCGUUGUUUUUGAUACAGUAAGAGCUUGUACUCAUUGCUCGGAAAUUUUAUUAUAGAAUCUAGCAUAACUUUCACCUUUGCCACAUCUGUCACAAGUGCUCUGCGACUGAAAGUAAAUGAAUUUGUCAGGUUGGCUAUGCUAUGUAUCGCUUGCAUUCUGGCAGACUAAAUCUAAAAUACUAUCUGAAUGGUUCAGGAAGUAGGUCCUUGAUUUGAUAACCUAAAAGAAUGCAUCAUGAGCUAUAUUUUAUAUAGUUAUUUAAUGACUGAAAGCAGCUGUCAAAUUUGUAGUAUUGCUUUUCAUUUGUACUUGACAUUCUUAGUGCUAACCUUGUUUCUCUGAAUCUUACAGUUCAUUGCUCUAUGCUGUUGUAAUUAGCAAUACUUUUCAGUCAUAUUCAUUGUGGCUUUAACUGAUUUUCAGGUAUUCUGAGAUUUGUGUGCAGUUUCUUUAUAAGGGAAUGCACAGUAAGUGUAACUUACAUUUCAGUUUUCACUUAAAAAGAGGGCAAAGGCAGGAGUGGGAAGAUCUGACAAAGUGGAAAUGGGGCUGCAGGUGGUGAACCAUGUUUGAGACUCGCAAUAUUUACGAGUCGGCAGAAGUGAUAUGGUGGCGGGACAGCUCACUCUCUGAUGUUAGCAUGUUGCACAUGUAUCAUUACGAUUAUAUUAAUCAUUAUUACCUUGUGUAUUUGCCUAUAAAUAAACCACAAAAAGAA